CCUUUAAUAACACAGACAGAAUAACCGUAUGUUUCUUAUAAAGUAAAGAUUGGGCAUACUUGCCCUUUAAUAGGACACUGCAGUGGCAGGUAGUACAGGGCGGAGCCAGGUUCAUACAUAGCUCACACUAGCGCACGUUUAAACAAAUAUCCAUGAGCCUUACGGAUACAGCACAGUAAGCGUUUUUCCAGUUUGUCCAACCAACUUUCCACCCCUGGGUGCCCGGAGCAACAACUUUCAUUCAUUGGUUUUAUGUAACUUGUUAUGUCAGAGAUUGUUCUAUAUACAGGAGAUAGUGAGAGACCUACCUUCCAUUGGUGCCACAGCGACCUGCUCUCCCCAGCGAGGAUCCCUGUCCUCUACUACUUCAUCCGGGGAUACUCUGAAUCUGAGUUGUGUCGGUGCAAAGUGUGCCGGAGCGGAGCGUCUGUGCCCUUAUCCUAUUGGGAAGAACCAUGCGGUGUGCGGCAGCCAUUAUAAGGAUUCUAAUGGUUCUACUUACCCUGUUCAUCACGUGGUAUUUUGCCAAGCAAUUCUACCCCAGUAAAGUCGAUAUGAAGAGUCUGAGGGCAUUAUUCGAUAAUGAAGUUGAAGAGGCGCCAGAAAAGAAGAAAGUCAAGUACAGCUGCGGGAAUGAGAAACCCUGCCCGGGCGGCCAGUUUGCGUUUAAAAUCAUUAGCGGCGCCGGCAAUGUCGUCGGACCAUCUAUUUGCUUUGACGACUCUAUCAUAAUGAGCAGUAUAAAAAAUAACAUUGGGAAAGGACUGAACAUCGCGCUAAUAAACGGUUUCAAUGGGGAUCUGAUCAAAAUAGCGUCCUUUGAUAUGUAUUCUGGAGACGUGGAACCGCUUGUGGAUUUUUUAAAGUCUGUGACGGACGGAACGCUGGUGUUUGUCGCAUCUUAUGAUGAUCCGAGUUCAAAGCUGAAUGAUGAAGCCAGGGCUAUAUUUGCAAGCUUUGGGAGCAGUUAUGCAGAAAAACUAUACUUCCGGGACGCCUGGGUCUUCGUGGGAGUUAAAGGGACAAGUGCCAAGAGCAAAUUUGAACAGCACAUCAAGAACAACAAGGAGACAAACAAAUACGACGGGUGGCCGGAGGUGCUGGAAAUGGAAGGCUGUAUCUCCAGGGAAACCAACUAAAGCCCCGGGAUAAUCUGCCCCACUUCCCUGGUUUCCAGCCUGCCCCGCCUGCCUUUAUCAUGAACUCUGCGGUGUGGCACAGGAGCUGACAAUCUAAAGCGGCACAGGGACUCUAGGGUUCCUGCACCAGGGAAUAUGGUUUAUAAACUGGGAAUUGGACUUGUAAAUGUUCUGCUGCUUAUUUCCACUGAUCGCCGGUCAUUUCCCUGCAGUUCAGAGAUGUCGCCAUUGGCCCAGUAGAGUGUGAAUGUGUAAGUGUAUAUAUAUUUAUAUAUAAUAUACAGUUGGGUCAUUUCCCUAUGGGACCAAACUGUAAAUGAUAUCCU